AUGAUUGUCGUUAUUAAUAUCUAUGAUGAAAAAAUUCUUGAUGAAGCAUAUAAAAUUGAUUCAAAAGUUUCGAUAAAAGAUAAUUUCCGUAUAAGGCCAUUGGCUCAAAAUGAUUAUGAAUAUGGAUUUCUUACAGUAUUAUCACAGCUAACAGAAGUUGGUGAUGUAUCACGCGAACGAUUUGAUGAGAUUUUUGAUAAAAUGAAAACAAAUGGUUGUUAUUAUGUGACAGUAAUUGAAGAUUUAGAAACAAAUCAAAUUGCCGGUUCGGCUACAUUAUUUACCGAAUAUAAAUUCAUACAUGGUGGUGGUUUGAGAGCCAGAAUCGAAGAUGUUGUCGUGGAUAAUAAAUAUCGUGGACAAAAUCUUGGUGUUGCAUUAGUACAAACAUUAAAAUCAUUGUCGAAAGUAUUAAAUUGUUAUAAAUUAACAUUGGAUUGUAAUGAUCGUAUGAUAUCAUGGUAUCAAAAAUAUUUUGCAUUUCAAAUCGAAGAAGGUCGUUCAAAUUUUUUGACUAUUCGUUUUUGAUACUAUAAUUUAACAACAAAAAUUAGAUCAAUGUUUAACAACAACAACAACAACAAAUCACAGCCUUACAAACUAUUGAAAAG